CUCCAUUCUCUAUCCAGAAAUCCAUCUCUCUCUCGGUCCAACAUCCUCAAUUCCUCCAUCCCGCUUCUAUUCGAGCAACCUCAAAACCCCUAACCCAAACCCACACCCUCCUUUCCUUAAUCUCAAUCUCUACACACUCUCUAAUUUACCCCUAACAUGCGAUUCCUCAAACCCUACACCCAGCCCACUGACCCCCGCUGGCACGGAUCCCACCGCCACGGCCCCAUCCUGCUCCUCCCUAUCACUUUCCUCAUAAUCUGCAUCUGGGCGCUCCUGAUCGCAGACACUAUAUAUGGCAAGAAGCUCUCAGACUCGUACUAUGCAGCGUACUACCGGUAUCUCAAAACGAAAGACCACUCCAACAUGCCGAAUUCACCGCCAGUGCGAUGGGAGGGUACAGACUCGGAUGGUGUCGCGACAUUCGUCUGCCACGCCUUCAUCGCCUUAAUCCCCGACACCAUCCACCUCCCAGUCCAACACUAUCUCCUGCACACCACACACCUGCAUCCUGUCUUCGCGCUCUGCUCAUCCCUCGUCUUCGCCUUGCUCUGGCUCGCGUCCGCGCUUCUAGGCACCUUCGUGACGAUGUUCAGCGAGUACGGCUACAAGGAGCAGAAUGCCUGGGAUGAGUUGUGUAAGGCGGAGUUUUCACUGCAGUAUGUGGUGGUAGUGAUUUAUUUUGUUUAUAUGGGUUUUGCAGCUGCAGCAGUGCAUAAGUGGCGCAGGGGGAGGAGGGACGUGGGAGCGUUUGAGAGUGGGGUGGAGGUGGGGCUGGAGCUUGCGAGAAGGAGUGGGAAGGCGGAUGAGAGUGGGGAGGGAAGAGUUUAA